GAACCGUGAGCGACAAACGCGAAGCACUCCAUUUGACUCUUGAGUGCGUCUGGGUGUGCGAGUGAACGAAACAAGUAAAGCUCCGCCGCGCAAAUAAACACAGGAGGACAGGCGUGAAAAUUUGCACGUCGUAAUUAUUCUGCCGUUGCCAAAAUUCUUUGAUGUGCCCUCCAUACAUCUACACAAAAUGAGACUCGUGUUGUACCUGGCGCUUUUCGGCGUUCUCGCCCCAUGCGCGAUGUCGGCGCUGACCCAUUUGAAAGAGCACUACGCGUGGAAACAGAUCGACUUCACGUGGCCGACCAAGGCGCUGAAGGAGCGCGCCGUCCAGUCGGGCAUGUUCCAGCCCGAGAACGUGCUCCCGUUGGGCCUUGAAGCGGGCACCGACCGCAUUGUGAUCACCCUGCCGAGGUGGAAACCAGGUCUGCCGGCCACCUUGGCCACGGUGCCGCGAAACAGCAAAGACAAGUCGCCGCUGCUCAAGCCGUACCCCAACUGGAUUUGGCACCACCCUGGCAACUGCGACGGCCUCAUCUCUGUGUUCAGGGUCAACCUGGACGCGUGCAACCGACUCUGGGUGUUGGAUUCAGGGGCGGUCGACGCUGGAAUUGGGGUCAAGCAGCAGUGUCCGCCUAAACUGCUCGUCUUCGACUUCAACACUGACAAUCUGCUGGUCAAAUACGUGCUGCCAGAGGAUCAAGUCAAGGAAGGCUCAUUCUUCACCAACAUCGUCGCCGACCUCGUCAACAACGACUGUGGCUUGGACGCGUACGCGUACAUGUCGGACGUGUGGCGCUUUGGGCUGGUUGUGUACAGCCUGAAGACGAAUACCUCGCGGCGAAUCGAGCACGAAUACUUCUACCCUGACCCCAUGGCGACCAAGUUCAACGUGAACGGACUGCAGUUCCGCUGGCCGGACGGUCUCUUCGGUCUGGCCCUUUCGCCCCCGAGCAGGUUCACCAAUGAAAAAAUGCUCUUCUUCCAUCCGAUGGCCAGCUUCAGAGAGUUCGCCGUGUCCACGGAGGUCCUGAGGAACGCGUCCGCCAUGGGAGACGAAAUUGCAGACAUGUUCCACGCCUUCGACCCCAGAGGGACGGAGAACGAGCACAGCUCGGCCGAGGCCAUGGCUGCAAAUGGGGUGCUCUUCUACAACUUGGUCAGCAGAAAUGCCGUUGGCUGCUGGAAUUCUCGACUGCCGUAUAAGCCGGAGUUUCAAGGAAUCGUGGACAGCGACAACGAGGCUUUAGUUUUCCCCAAUGACAUGCGAGUUGACCAGACCCAAAACCUUUGGUUGUUGAGCGACCGUCUGCCGCAAUUCAUCUACCAGGGGCUGAACACCACUGACACCAAUUUCAGGCUUCUCACAGGAUCCGUGAUGAGUCUGAUCAAGGAUGGCGUGUGUGACCCCAGGAGCAAACCCCAGGUGCGCAAGAACCAGAACAGUCUGCUUCGAGGCCUUUUCGCCGCUCAAUUCGGAUGCAACCUCAUCGGCAGCUAAUUUAGUUUUCCGAAUUAAGAUCCUAAAUUGUAUAAUGAAGAAGUUCAAAAUUCAUGUUUUGUGUAAUCAAAGUUAAUUUUGUACAUACUGCAUUCAUUACUCAUUAUCAUAAAUUAUAUAAAAAAAAAUGAAAUAAAUAGUUUGUGGUAAAAAUAAAUACUAAAUAGAUAAAUC